AGUAGCUGCAAGAGCAGAGAUGUGUCGCAUCAGGACAGAUAUCACGCGGCCGUCGGCUUUCCUGGCAGCACUGGCAGGACUAUCAUGUAAGCUUAUGACCCGUUAUGUGGGCCGAUAUCGAAAUUAUAGAGCGCUCCUCUAGGGGUCACUGUCGUGUGAGGCGACGCCACAGGCGCACUCCUCUGCUUUGUAACACACUUGCGGGUUGAACUCCACACCUUAUAUGGCUGAUAUAGACUCUCCAUUGCAUGUCUGACGCGUCCGCGUUACGCACACUGUGCAUCGGUUAUGGCUCGACGCCUGCAGGCGUGCUCUGCGUCUUUGCUCAAGCGCCAUGCAGCAAUCUUACCAGUGCACGAACGAUUGAGGCAUUGACAAAGCGGUGCCCCACUGACCUGUCAUCCUUCGGCACCAUCCUAGCGAAAAUCCCGAAGUACGCCCAGUGGCUGCUGGACUGCGGGACUGGCGCGUGCGAUAACGCGCAACGGACGCUGCUGAUGCCUACGGAUAUGGCCUUGGACACCUACCUCAAGGCCAAGGGUACCACGCUGACCAAAAUGCUGGCGAAGACCGGUGGCGGCCGCAAGGCGCUGCAGGCCGUGCUGCGCUGUCACGUGCUGCAGCCCUCCAUCGCGCUGACAUCAGUCAACAUCACGGCAGCCGCCGCCCCGCUGUCGUACAAAUCGCUGCAGGGGCCCUCGCUGACCUUUGCCGAGUCCUCGAGCGGGGGCGUGACGGUGGAGUGUGGAGCGAACUCGGUAGCUGAGGUGGUGCACGCUGACAUCACCACUGGCAAGUCAGUGGUGCACCUUAUUGACACGGUGCUGCAGUGUCAGGCAGCCCCCUCACCCCCGCCGCCGCCCAGCCCAUCGCCGCCCAGUUUGCCGACGCCGAACUCCAGUCCCUCGCCGCCCAGCCCCGAAACCCCGCCGCCCCCUUCGUCGCCGCCUCCCUCACCGCCGCCCUCCAGCCCACCGCCUCCCGAGCCUUCGCUUCCCGAUCCCCCUAGCCUCGAGCCUCCCAGCCUCAACCCCCCUAGCCCCGAUCCUCCCUCGCUCCCGCCCACCCCGCCGUCCGCCCCUCUCACUCCUCCCUCCCCUCCCAGCCCGCCCCUGCCGCCCUCGCCUGCGCCCUCCCCGCCGGACCCGCCCUCCCCGCCAGCCCCGCCCUCCCCUCCCCUGCAGCCCUCCCCUCCCAACCCGCCGCCCCCUCCUCCCUGGUACUCACUGGGCGGACUGGACAGCUACCCCUUCUGCGCCGGCGAGGUAUGCAGCCGCCCGCAGCUCUGCACCGCCGAGCGCAAGUGCAUGUGCGGCACGGGGCCCGGCUGCGGCGGCAACACAGCCUGUUGGGCCACCCCCGACAUGGCCGGCUGGCCCACGCCCCCCGCCGCUAGCUGCGUGGUCCAGGAGCGCAUAUGCAGCACGUGGGAUGGGAAUCCGCGGCUGUGCUUGCCAGACUUUUUCUGCUACAAGGACAUUUACUGCAUGUCUCGGGGCCAGCUGCGAAUCAUGUUAGAGAGCUGGACGUCCGUCGGCGACCUGGACAUGUGGGUGACGAACCCACUCAACCAGACUGUCUGGUGGAACAGCGACGGCUGGAACGCAGACGAAACCCGCGACCCGAAGUGGUUGCCUUACGGCUUCGAGGACAACGGCUACGCUGUACUGGACACACAGUCCGACCAGUACGGCCCAGAGAACGUCUACUACAUAGAUAAGAACUGGCAGGACGGCACGCCGGCGGCCCCGCUCCCCUCGGGCAAUUUCUACGUCUGCGCGCGCGUCUACAUCCAGGACCUAGACCCCUCCGUCUGGUUGAAGUUUCCUGUCAUUGUGACUACAAUUGCCGAGUCCGCAAAGUACGGCAUAAACAUGCGUACAGUGGUAACGCUGCGCGAUGCCAAUUUUGAGCCGAGCACGCCUACCCUUGAGAGUGACUGCACCGCGAGCUCGCCAAGUCUGGUCAUGACCAUCCCCAUCCCAUAAGUUUGUGCGGCGUUUGAUGGUGGUUGUGGUUGUGUUGUCGUAGAGUAGUGCACAGCAAUGGAACAUGAGUCGAGCUGGUGGAAACAGAGUGAUUCAAUCUGUUGGCCACCCAGGGAAGAUGUUGGUAGGGGAGUUAAGCACGACGGGUGGCAACGCCGGAGAAGGUUGUUGAUACCAGUACAUAUGUCAGGACGGUGGCUUGGCACGUGUGUGCUACAAGCAGAGUGCCAGUUGCGCAAGCUUGCAAGUGUCAGAAACAAACGAGAGAAACAUGAGGUAGGUUGCGUGCGCAUCAGGGUUGCACUGUACUAGCCAUUUUCUUAUAAUACGCGUAUUAAUACGCAGUACACAGCUUUCUAGUACAAUACACCAUAAUUCACUUAUAAUACGCCGGCGAGCAAGGGUUAGUACGUGCUAUAGUACGUCCCAUGCAAAUUUUGCUCUCCGCCAUUGCUCCUUAGUAUCCUUCCCUGUAUCCUACUAUACAUGACCAUUCUCGAGGCCGUUACAGCUCGCUAUGCUGUUGGAAACGCAUACUUGUUAUUAAAUGUCGAGAAAUGAGCGGAGUGACAACUGCGCAGCCUGUUUUGCCUACUGUUUGGCCAUCAAGUAUAUCCAUCCAGAGCUCCAUUGCGCGUAUCCAAUAGGGCAGGCUCGGUUCGCGCAUCGCAUCGGCCAUCGUGUCACUGAUAUCAGGCUUUUGGUUGUGAGCAACUACACACACAGAAUCAUAUUAUGCUUAAGACGUUGCCUAUGUUGCGUCUAUGUUGCCUCUCGCCACUGCACUGUGCCACCGACGCAUUGACACGGCACGACCACCGGCCACCGGCACCCGCCGGCGACCCCCACACCCCCGCCCCCCGCCCCCCUGGCGUAUUUUGCGCCGUACUGAGACCCAGGAGAGGCGUACUAGUACUCAGUACGUACUAGUACGUACUAACAUGUACUGAGUACUGUGCAACCCUGGUGCGCAUGUCGUUGUUGGUAUCAAUGCAAUGACUUACGGUCGUAUGACAAUGCUCACGUGCGCCAGCUGGUUUGCCCUAUCAGAUGACAGGGGCUCCCCUGGCCUGCAGGAAGUGAAGAAGCACGGAAUUUUGUAUGGUGGCUGUCACAACUUUGGUUAGUUGCACAGUUGCGCAGCUUUCGAGCUGGCAGCAAGCAGGAUAGUGCAGCCGGACGAAGUAAGUUCAAGGUACAGCGUGCAGCCUUGGCACUCGCAAGCCAAGCAUUGCCGCGCUGGGGGCCGCUGCCUGUGUGCAGCAGUGCAGGGCCGCGUGCAUGGCUGUGUGCGGGGCCGUUGCUUGGGGCUGCGGCACCACGCACCAGUCGUUGAUGCAGUGGAUCCUGAUACCCCAGCUGGCUGCGAGAGCUGUGAUGUAAUUUCACAGAUGG